CCGCAGAUCAUCCAGGGACCUGGAAGAGAGCCAAGAGCCCUAAAACGAGCGGGGCAUAUGUAUUCCACACUCCUAGACUCCUUACGCCCUCACUCUGCCACUCUGCCUGUGCACUUGGUCUGUGUAUAUAUUUACGUCAUUUGUUGACUUUUGAUGCUAACUAUCACCCAUCGUCGUUCAAGAGUAACGUCAGUUGUGACAUCAAUCGAGAACAUGCGAGAACCACUAUUAAACAUCUGAUACAACUCCACAUCCCUACCUAGGGACCUACCUACCUAUGCACUUAAUCAUUAUCAGCAACUAAGGGCUUUUCAAUAAUGACUCCCCUGGGCCACUCCGACGGCAACACGCAAAAGGCCAACCAGGCUUCUAUAACAGAAUCCCCAUAUCUACAAGGCGACGAGAAUAGCUAUAACAGACCCGCCGCUCAUAAUAUUGAACCAAGCACUGCUGUAUCAAGGAAGCGUAAGUCGGAUGCAGUAGAAGACCGUCAAAAUAUAUCUGAAGUGGACGAUAAUGAUCCUCGCCUUUAUGUGGUAGACGAGACGUGCAACGGGAUCCGCCGGAAGAUCAAAGACUUCAUUCAAGGUGGAAAUAUGAAAGUUGGAGAAUUCCAGAAAGCCAUAGGGGUAUCUUCGGGCGCAUAUCAGCGGUUCAUGAAUCAGAGCGGAACCUACAAAGGCAAGGACUGCGAUACAUACCCUAAAGCCUUUGCGUUUUUCAAGAAGCGCGAGCUGCAAGGUCUCAAAGCAGCUCCGCCUAAGAGACCUAGGAAAAGCGAGAGUGAAGCUCUUGAUGUCAGCAAUAUAAAGCUUGACGGCGAGGACACGCAGAGUGUACCAGUAUAUGACACAUGUGACGAGGUCCGCAAGAAGAUCCGGGCUUUUCUACGCAAGCCUGACAUUAGCCAGAGCGCCUUCUGCCGCGCUAUAGCGGAGAGUUUCCCGUCAGGGAAACGGAUUCAACCCAGGCAGCUUAACUGUUUCCUAGAUAAGAAGGGACCCAUGUCUGGGAAUACCAGUUCUGUAUUUUACGGCGCCUACGUGUUCUUCGAAAAGCUACGCAUGAAAGAGGGUAGGCCCAAGUCGGAGAUGAGGCAGGAGAUGGAGAAAAUCCACCCCAAUGGAGUGAAUACCACCGAUCUUCAGCUGUGGUGGACAUGUUGGAAGGAUGAGCGUCCGGUUUUUGAUGCCUAUGGACGUAUCCACUUCGUCAACCCCCGAUCCGCGUAUAUUCCUUCAAGUACAAUAUGAUCAGGAAUUACGUGUACGGUUGCUAGCUAGAAGAGCGAAUAGUUAUCUGAAGUAUCAACCUCCAUGUGCGUUUGUUAACCUAGUAGCCUUGCAAGCUUUACUGGGUAGAUGAAUAGAUCGAUAUAGACCUAUUAUAGGGCAUUGCUACCUCGAUCAUUCGCCAGCCAGAAUGCCUUACUCUGACGGGACGACGUGAUGAUCAAUCCCAUUGUCGCAUGAACGCGACGGCAUAACACCUAAAUGACAGCACCCAAGAUUUCAACGACGAUUCCGAUUGGAGUUUUCGAACAGCAGACUUUACCCACCAUUGUACAUGAUAAGGGACUUGCCAUAACCAAUCGCUUGCCUGUGUAAAUGGGGCUAGGUUUCAUUCGGACGAUGUAUAUAGAUUUGUGCAAAUUGAAAUCAAGGCGGC